UCUUCAAAUUCUAUCAUAAGUUGCACACAUAAUUUCUUUCAAUUAAUAUUGGUUUUCUAGCUAGCUAAGGAGACUAGCUAGGGCAUAAUAUGCUGGGCUCUUCCUCAUAUAGUUCUGAGGAAGAUCAUCAAAAUCAACACGAACGAUCUUCGCCGUUGGAUCUGCCUCAACCAACUCCAAGUUUUUUAGAUUAUCCACGCCAGUUGAUUACUACUACUACUGCUACAACUACUACUACUUCUGUUGCUUCAUCUUCAGUUGUACUAUCAUCAUCACUACCUACGUCAUUGUUGUUAUUAUCAUCUCAAUCAUCAGUGGCUCAACCGCGUCAAUUGCUAGUAACUUGCGCGGAGCUCAUUUCUAGGUCUGAGUUCUCGUCUGCUAACCGCCUUCUUUCUCUUGUUUCUAGUGAGCUCGCCUCACAAUCUGGCGACUCCACUGAAAGGCUUGUGUAUUAUUUUUGUAGGGCGUUAAAUGAACGUCUUAAUCGUCAUUUAUCAAGUAUAACAACUUGUGUAAUAAGCCCUAGUAUGAGUAUCCCUCCUCAAAGUUUAGCUCAACAUUAUCCUAUUAUUCCAAUUAGACCACCAAUAAUGAGAGCAAUGCCUUUAGAAUCAACAACAUCUAGAUACUCAUCUUAUCUUUCUCUCAAUCAAGUUACUCCAUUUACCAGAUUCACCCACUUGACGGCUAACCAAGCGAUCCUAGAAGCGGUGGAGGGUUACUCGUCGAUCCAUAUCCUCGACAUGGAUAUCAUGCACGGCGUCCAAUGGCCUCCGCUAAUGCAGGCCAUCAUGGAGCGGUCGACAACCCUAGGCCGCCCUUGUCCUACAAUCCGUAUCACAGGGGCGGCCUAUGAUCCCAAUCUUCUAGAGAAGACUGGGGACCGACUUCGGAGGUUUGCUGAAUCCCUAGGGUUAGAGUUUCAAUUUCGUGAUCUCCUACUUCAUGAUUCUGAAGUAGUUGAUCACUCUGAGGCGGUGAUCCAUACUUUAUUGGAUCACCGCCUUAGGUUUAAUCAGGUGGAGGAGGCCCUAGCAAUAAAUUGCGGGGACUACCUCCACCGCCUCCUGAGGGAAUAUGAUACAAGAUCCCUCAGGAGGUUUCUUCACCAGGUCAAGACCCUAAACCCUAGGGUCUUGACCUUGGGAGAAAGGGAGGCUGAUCAUAACCACCCUAUCUUUUUAAGAAGGUUUGUAGAAGCGUUAGAUCAUUAUGGAGCUAUAUUUGACUCCUUAGAGGCCACCCUCCCUCCGCAGAGUCGAGAGAGGGUGGCAGUCGAGGAGGGUUGGUUCGGGGAGGAGAUAAAGGAUGUUGUAGGAGAAGAAGGGGAGAGAAGGAAAGAAAGACACCAAAGGUUCGAGUCGUGGGAGGUGGUGUUAAGGAGCUCAGGUUUCAAGAGUUUGGCGUUGAGUCCAUUUUCUUUGUCUCAAGCUAAGUUGCUGCUCAGGCUUCAUUAUCCUUCAGAAGGAUACCAACUUCAGGUUCUUAAUAGCAAUUGUUUGUUGCUUGGGUGGAAGAAUCGCCCUCUUUAUUCUGUAUCAUCAUGGCAAUGAACUCUUCAUCAUCUUUUAUUCUUAUUUUUAUUUCAUCUUAUUAAACUUCAUUUGUUAAUGAUAAUAUGAUCCUCUAUCCAUAAAGAAUAGAUAGAUAUAUACUCUUCUUCUAUAUAUAUCUACUUUUAAUUAUUCUAUUAAUCAGAAACAGGUUUCAUAUAUUCACUUUUUUGUGGGAAUGAUUCAACUCAAAAUAAGAUUAGCAGGAGAGUUGAACUGUUGAAGUAUGAAGCUAACCUUGUGUUUCAUCUUGUUUUGAUAGGGUUUUCCUCUUUUUCUAUAGAUUUUUAAUGUUUUCUUUUUUCUGUCUCUUCUUUGAAUCAUUGAUCACAGAUAAUCUAUUUGUUUAUUUUGUUUUCCUCCGAAAUUGACCUAUGUAUAAUGUAUGUUUAGUUUUUUUUUUAAUUAGAAAGUAUAUCAAAUGUUCAUUGUAGUAAUUAUAGAGUUCUAUAUCCAAUUAAUUAAGAAUAUUCCCUAUUGACUAUUAUUAGAGCAUCCACUUGACGAUUUUGUCAAUUUUGAUUCCAUAGAAAGUCGUUUUGUCCUUUUUGUAUUAAUCACUUCACUCGUGUGCCUUAGCUACUAUUGAUUAAGAAGUUAAUUAUAUUAAAUAUAAUGUCUCUAUUAUCCCAAAGUGCUUUUUGUCUCUCCUAUAUAUAUACUAAGCACUAGUAAUCCGAAACCGGAUAAUGAGGCAUAUUGUCUUCUUAAAUAAGUUUGUAAGAUUUUCCUUUGUCUCCUUAAAUAGAUGUAGCUUAAAGAAGAAUAUGCUUUUAGGGUCUAUAAUUUCUCAUUAUAAAAUGUUCACCCUUGUAUGUGCAAAAUGGUAAGUGUUGGUCUCUUCAACAUAGUUAGAAUCAUUAAAUUUUCCCUUAAUAAGUGGCCACUUGUCUCCUCAACAGAACCAUGGAAGUUCUCAAAUUGAGAGGUUUUGUUGCCCACUUUGCCUCCUAUGCAAGCUUUUUUUUUUUUUUUUUUUUUGAUAAAUCCCCAAGAAGGGAUCUUCCAUGUCCUUUGGUUUUCCAAGAACAUUAUAUCAUUCCUUCAUUCAAAAACUGUUUUUUUUUAUCAGAUCGUCUCUUUUUGAAGCUUUUCAUUAUGAAAAACCUUAAUCUAUUCAGAAUAGAUUACCAUUAGACGAACAACAAACAUUUAGAAUAGUUAGCAUUCGAACAUUAUUUGUUUAUUAAGUGCAAUUCAACUCCAACUAUUAAUAUUUUCAAAGAUACUCACAAUUGUCAAUAUCUCUACAGUAUUUUGGUGGUUCUAGAAGU